AUGCAGGCCCCCGCGCGACGAGGCCACGGGCGGGCGGCGUCAGGCCAUGAACGUCGUCAGGGCAUCGUCCGCCGCUCGACAAAGGGCCCGCUCGAUGCCGAAGACGUGAUCGUGGACGACCCCCUGGCCGCCCCUCCAACACGUCCUGAUGCUGCCCCGCAACCUCCUCCUCCACAGCAGCAGCAACACAAUAUACCCCCGGCCCGUGCCAUUGACGACAUGCCCUCCAAGGACUUCAGCUUCAUGCAAGACCCCCAGGCCUAUCACGUCCUGCCCGUCACAAACGUUCCGCCGCCCUUCCUCAACGCUCCACAUGCCCCUCCUGUCUCGUCGCCCAUAGACUCGCUCCUCUACUCGGGCCACUAUCGCCUUGCUGCCAUUGCUGCCGCCCGCAACCUGGUCUCCGCUGCCCCGGGCGACCACGACACCCUCUUCCACCUUGUUCAUGUGCGUCUAGCAUGUCUCUGUCUGCUGCAGGAGCAUGCCCUCGCCGCCCAGGAGUCAAAGGUCCUGGGUGAUUUGGCCAGUGCCUUCUACCGACACCCCCUCACAAAUGCCCAUCUCGUACCUUGGGAGCUGCGGCUCUUGGUCGUCCGAUUGGCUGCCCUGGGCUAUGGCGAGUGGCGCAAGGGUAUCAUGGGUUAUUACGAGCUUGCGCGCGAAUGCAGAGAAAACAUUGUCAGGGGCCCAGAGUCUGAAAAAAAGCUAUGGAGAUCGCGGUUGCGUGACUGUGGCAUCCGCGUUGCAAAUGUCUUGGUGGAAAUGGGCGACCUUGAGGGAGCUGGCCGGCACUUAUCCACGCUGGCAGCCGACGAGGAGCAGACGAGAGAAAUCGCCCUCAUGGAAACGCUGGUCUGGCUCCGCGUGGGCCACGUGCAGGCCGCCCGUCGCUGUCUGGCCCGAGCCUCGGAAGCUUCCCCAGAUGAGCUCAUCGACGGCACCCUCAAUGCCCUCCUCGAGCUCGCAAACUCUGAUUACCAGGCUGCCGUAACAUCGCUGCAGGCCCUUCGUGAAAAAUUCUCAGACGACGCGAUGGUGGCCCAGAACCUGGCCGUGUGUCUACUCUACACUGGACGUAUCUCGGAUGCAAAGAACAUCCUGAACGACUUGGUUGACACCAGCCCGCCAUUCCAUUCCCUGAUACUGAACCUGAGCACCGUCUUUGAACUUUGUACAGAGCGGAACCGCGACAAAAAACUGGCCCUGGCUGAAAAGCUCGCCAGUCGGAAAGAAGGCGCUGGUGACGUAGGCUGGGAACUCACUAACGCUGAGUUCAAAUUGUAG